GUUUUAUUUUCGUAUAAUAAUAAUAUACCUAUACAAAAUAAUUCAUUGUCGUUGUAGUCGAACAAUAAACACAGACGGUACACGGUGCAGAUUACGAAUUGCUUUUGUCGUGUUCGGUGUUAUUUUUAAUAUUUUAACAGUUUAACGGUAAUACGUUCUGUUUUUAAACGUAUGUUCAGUGACCCGAUCGCUUAAUUGACCACAUAAUACUUGAAUGAUUUAUCGAAAUUGUUUAAACGUUAAUUCGUAUGAAUCUGCAUAGCAUUAUCAUUGCCGGUCACUAGUGUUAUUGUAUCCCUUUAGGGGUAAAAUAAUAAUUAAUUUUACCCUAACAUUAACUUCGCGUGAUUUAAUCGAGUUCAGUAAUAAUAGAAGAGUCGUCGAACUUUGUGGAUCUAAAUGAAUAACAGGAACAUAAAAGUAAAUUAUCAUGACUGACAAACUACAAUCUGCAGUUGAUCGCUAUUUGAUUAACUAUACAAGCAUACUGAACAAUUUUCCACUGGAAGGACAGAAGUAUGUCAGUCGCUAUUACGAUAUAGAUUUGGGUCACCAACACAUUUUAAAUAAGCUAGCAGUUAUAUGCAAUGAAGGUAGUCAGCAGCAGUUUGAUGAUGGAAAUGUGAGACAUUUGUUGAUGAACUUAUUGGAACUAGGUGAUCGAAAAGUUGAGAUUUCUGAUCAACUACUGUGUAAAGUAAAUGAUUUAAAAUUUGAAUUAGACAUGAAUCUAAAAGAUAUUACAGAAAUGUCACAAGAGAACUAUUGUAAACCUCCUAAAAAGCUUAAAAGGAUGUUGAAGUGGGUGCAUAGUAGUAAAGAAAUUGAAGAUAUACUAAAUGAAGAAUUUUCAAAAGAACAUUUACAAAACAAAAUAAGUAAUCCGAUUUCUGAAACUGUUAUGAGUUUAAAUCAAAACUUUCAAAAUAACAAAACAACAAUGAUUUCACCUAACUUGACCCGAGAAACUGUUAUAAAAGAGACUAAAGCUCAUUAUUUAAAGGUUCAAAGUGAAAUGUCAACAAGUGCUACCGAUAGUGACGCCGAAAUACAACCUAUAUAUUGUAUAUGUGAAUAUCCUUCUUAUGGAUUUAUGGUUUGCUGUGAUAAUGAUCUUUGUCCAAUUCAGUGGUUUCAUUUUGACUGUGUUUCUCUUAUUAAAGAACCAAAAGGUAAAUGGUAUUGCCCAAAAUGCAGAGGAGCUAAUUCUAAAAUAAUGAAGCCUAGAAAAGUGUUUUUAAAAGAACUCGAAGAGUACAAUAAACGUAAAGAAGAUGAUUGGUAAGUAAAAUACUAUAAAAUGAAUAAAGAUUUAAGUUAAAUCCAUUUUUUUAAGUUUUUUUUUAAAUGAUGACUUUUAGAGUGCAAUAAUGUAUAUAGUAAUAAACGUCCUGGUUGUAUUUAUUUAGAUUAUAAAAGUUAUUUAGGUAUUAUUACAGUGUUUGUUUUAAUAUCACGCUUAGUACUUAAAAGCUUUUUUUUCAUUAGUUUUUAUUUUUCCUUAUAGUUAUACUGACUUGUU